AUGAUUUCCAAUUUUGUUGUUGCACCGGAUGAGGUUUCCCGAGACAGACUGACAGCCUCGUCAUCUUUUCCUUUCGUUUUUUCACAUCCGUUGGGAGCGUUUAAGAACGGUCAAUCGGAUGUGGAGAUUUUACACAGUGGCGAAAUCUAUCGGACUCUGACCGACGAAUAUCUGGAAGAAUUGGGAAUCGAAUUCAUGCCCGAGUAUAAGGAUCCCUAUCAUAAAAGAGCCAUGACUCACGGAGAAAUCGGAUGUUUUUUAAGUCAUUAUUUCAUUUGGGAAAAGGUUUUGGAAAACAAAUACGAUUUGAUAAUGGUAUUGGAAGAUGACGUACAAUUCGAACCUUAUUUCCGAGAGAAAAUCACGGCGCUAUUAAAAGAAGUCGAAGAUUUGAAAUUACCCUGGGAUUUAAUUUACAUCGGUAGGAAGAGAUUGGUCGAGCACGAGGAUUGGGUAAAAGGUUCGAAAUCUUUGGUACACGUGGCGUAUUCCUAUUGGACGUUGGGUUAUUUGUUGACCAAUGAGGGAGCUAGAAAAUUAUUAGAGCAAAAACCGUUGAAAAAAUUAAUACCCGUCGACGAAUACAUACCGAUAUUGUUCGAUAAACAUCCGGAGAAAGAAUGGAAAAAGCAUUUUCCGAAAAGGGAUUUAUUAGCUUAUUCGGCGGCUCCGCUUUUGUUAUAUCCGACGCAUUACACGGGUGAAGAAGGUUACAUAAGCGACACGGAAAAUUCAGUCAUUGUUAAAGAAUCGCAAAAAGAAAUACGAGAGGAUUUAUGA